AUGAGUUUGAUAUUGGAACAACCGAUAAAACCAAAAAAGACGACCUGGAAAUGGUGGCAGUCGAAUAAGCAGAUGGAUCUGUCGAUUGAUAUCUCAGAUGAGAAUGAUUCUAUCACUCCAUCUUCUCUUGUUCCUCAACGAUCAAUUCAUUCUAGAGAAUCUGAAGAUAUAGCAUCCACAACAUCUAUUAAGAGUAAACCUUGGGUAUUUCGACGAGAGGAAGAUAGCGCACUUGCAGAACAAGAAGAAGAAGAGGAAGAAGAGGAAAUACAAGAUGUCAAAGAUGAUAUAAUCAUGCCAGAAAACAGUAUAGAAGGAAAUGGAAGUAGUAAAAAUAUCCAAUAUUCACCCAAAUUACAUCUUGUUCCUUCCAUCACCUCAUCUACUAUUCCAGUUAUCAACUAUAGCUUGAAUGAACCUCGACGAAAGAGUAUAGAUACAUUCUUUUUCCCUGGACUAAGAGCUCGUUUUGGUAAAUGGGUUAGCAAAGAAAAGGUCUAG